AUGAAUGUGACUCAGUGUGAGGUGACAGGUUUCACAGCCAGAAGCCGGUCUGAGCUCAUGUCCCCGUGCUGGACAGCAGAGUUUGGUCUGGGAGCAGGAAGUGAGUUCAGACGGAGGCGGCGGAGUUCAGGAGGAGAGGAUGAAGUUCGUGCUGAAAUGAGUGAAAGCGGCGCUCAGCUGUUUGCUCGUCUGGAGGCUCGUCGCUGUCUGAAGGACAUUGAACCGCGUCUGUUUCCUGAAGAUGGUGGACCCAACUAUGGUGAGGUGGUGGAGCUGUAUGGGACAGAGGGAACAGGUAAGACAGAACUGCUGUACCACCUGCUCUGUCGCUGUGUGUUACCAAAGGCUGCUGGCGGUCUGGAAGUGGACGUUGUGUUCGUGGACACCGACUACAGUCUGGACAUGUUACGACUGGUCAGCAUCGUGGACAGCAGACUGAACGCAGCUCUCUCUACCAGUUCACCCUCAGCCGGUUCAGAUGAGGCAGCGUUGCGUUCGUGUCUUUCUCGCCUGCUGGUCGUCCACUGCUCCUCCUCCUCCCAGCUCCUCCUCACCCUCCACUUCCUGGAAACCUCCUUCUCGUCGCGGCCUGGCCUGGCGCUCCUUCUUGUUGACAGCAUCUCCGCUUUCUAUUGGCUGGACCGCUCCGAGGGUGGGGCCAGCCUCGCCAAGCAGGAGGAGAAGCUCAGCAAGUGUUCAGAUCUGCUGGGCCGACUGCUCAGGGAUUACAGAAUCACUGUGUUUGCCACCUGCCACGCCAUCAGGAGGAGCCACAGUGGAUCCUCCUCCUCCUCUGAGCCCGACCGGCCGUACCUCUGUCGCUCCUGGCAACGGCUGGUGACACACCGGCUGCUGUGCUCCCGGCAGGAGGCUGCAAACAGCAUGGCCUCUGCAGCAGGAGGCAGCAAAGAGCAGAGGAUGCAGCAGGUCUUCUCCGUUCACUGCACCUCCUCUUCCUCCUCCUCUGGGACGAAGGCUUACAGGAGCAGCUCCUUCUACGUCACAGAGGGAGGAGUGGAGUUUUUCUCGUCUUCCUUUCACCAGUGAAGUUCUGGUUUUUGAUGUUUUAGUGAAAGUGUAGUUAUUUAUGUUUGGAUCGAAUAAAUACAUUUGUCAGAGUUAAAUAAAGUUUUGUUGUGAUCCAGGA